AUGCAAAACAAGGGUCCCGCGCGUCCGGGUCCCAUGUUGUACGGGUGGGGUCGUACCGAGCAGAAGCGACGCCUCGAGUAUGAAUCGGUGGAGUCCAAAUAUCAUAAGCGUGAAUUCAACAAGAAUUGGGAUCUCGCAGGUGUUGAGCAGCGAUACACGGACUACAUGGUAGUACGCACGUAUUUCUCCCUCGGUACACGCUGGGGAACGUGGGUGUACAAUAUGCUUCAGUUCUACGUGCUUGCGAUGCUUCCUAUUUUUGCUUUCAUGCACACGUUGCACAAAAAUGUGGAGUGGUAUGAUGAACGUAUUCGUCUUGCCGCAUGGUGGUGA